ACUCGAUUGAAAGAACAAUGUCUGGAAGAGGAAAAGGAGGUAAAGGUCUUGGAAAGGGAGGCGCCAAGCGCCAUCGUAAGGUUCUCCGUGAUAACAUCCAGGGAAUCACGAAACCCGCUAUCCGCCGCCUGGCUCGCCGUGGUGGCGUGAAGCGUAUUUCUGGUCUUAUCUACGAGGAGACUCGUGGUGUGCUGAAGGUGUUCCUGGAGAACGUGAUCCGUGAUGCCGUCACCUACACCGAGCACGCCAAGAGAAAGACCGUGACCGCUAUGGAUGUCGUCUAUGCUCUGAAGCGGCAGGGCCGUACUCUGUACGGUUUCGGCGGUUAAAGAAAUUAUUUGACAACCAAACCAAAGGCUCUUUUAAGAGCCGCCCA